AUGCACUCCAAUGGACUUCACGAUGCCAAAGCGUCCGCUCCGUCUCCACCGUGGAAACUCGAAUUCCGCUCUUCGAAGCGGUUUGUGAUCUCGGUGGUGUCCAUAGCCGUCUUUACGGAUGUUUUUAUAUAUGGCAUGAUUGUUCCUAUCCUUCCGGUGGUUUUGAAAACGCGUGUUGCUGUACCGGAUGAUGAAUUACAACAAUGGAUGUCGAUCCUGCUGGCUGCGUUCGGAGGUGCCAUAUUUGUAGGUUCUCCGAUAUUCGGCUACUUUGCCGACAGAAGCACCUCCCGACAGGGACCGUUUAUUAUGGGACUGCUCGCACUGGGCGGCUCAACGGUGAUGUUUUGGGUAGCGUCGACUAUGUCGGGGCUGGUAGUCGCGCGGGCUCUACAGGGUCUCUCCGCGGCCGUGGUUUGGACGGUGGGCAUGGCGCUCGUCGUCGACACCGUGGGGAAAGAUGAAGUUGGUGCGGCCAUGGGAUACGUCUCUAUGGCGAUGACAGUGGGGACAGUGAUCGGGCCUUUCAUCGGAGGAAUUGUCCUAUCUCGUUUGGGAUACCAUGCAGUGUUUGUGAUAGCUAUCGCGCUCGUGGUCCUAGAUAUCAUCCUCCGUCUUGUCAUGAUUGAACGAAAGACCGCGUCUAGGUGGACGCAGCCACAAGGCAAUGACGAAAGGGAAAGCCUAUUGCAUAGCGAGUCAGUCACAGAUAGCAUUCAUUAUGCUACUACAAGAUCAGUUUCAUCUGAUCCACCAGCUGGAAGCCCUCCUACUUCGACUCAGUUAUCCGACAAUAUUGACGAGGCGAUAGCGAAUAGUAGAGUAUCCUCAGUGCCCGUAAUGCUGCGACUGAUGUGUUCGGGCACAGUAUUGGUCAUUCUUUGGGCGACAAUCGUCAGCGCCAUGGUGUAUGCGUCUUUUGAUACUGUGCGUAUAUCUCCCCGACUCACCUUCAGGACAAUCCUGGGGCUAUCUACUGAGCCCUUUCACUCUGCACAGGUUCUUCCGCUCUACGUCAUGAGAACCUUCAAAUGGGAUCCCUUUAUGAUAGGCUUGUGUUUUCUGCCGUUGUGUAUCCCGGCCUUCUCUUCGCCUCAAAUCGGCGACGCCGUCGACCGCUGCAGCCCUCGGCCCAUUGCAUUUCUGGGGUUUCUACUAGGCUGUCCCGUCUACAUCCUGCUACGCCUUAUCGCCGAAAACACGAUUCGAGACCAGGUUCUCCUUUAUAUGUUCCUUUUCAUUGCCGGGGUAGCCGAGACUCUGCAAAUGGUUCCUUUGAUGACCGAAGUGGGCAAUUUCGUGGAGGCCCAGGAAAAGAAACAUCCUGGGAUCUUCGGAAACCAGGGAGGGACGGCGCAAGCGUACGGACUGUUCAAUGUGGCCUGGUCUGGCGGCCAAGUGUUGGGGCCGUUAGUAGCCGGUUUGUUGGUUGACCUGGGCGGAUGGACGACUAUGGUCAACGUUUUCGGUGGGAUAUGCGGUGGAACUGCAGUGGCUAUUGCUCUUACGGAUCGGUCAAUUUUGCGGAGUAUUUGGGGGGGGCGAUAG